GCAAAAUAAUUUUUGUUGUAUGCGUUGUAGUUGACUGCAGCAAACUGAAAUAUAUAAAUAAUCCAGGCAUAAAAAGCGCCAAAAUUGUAAAUUAAAGAAAAAUAAUCAGCAACAAAAGUUGAUUGUUGUGUGCAUUGCAAAAGAAAACGUUUCAAAAUGAUGAACGAGGCUGCCGCACUGGCUAACAUGAUACCCUACGACACAAUUGGACUCUACGAGCAGCCCAAGCCCCGAUUCAUCUUCAAGAUGCCGCGCGUGGUGCCCGAUCAGAAGUCCAAGUUCGAAAGUGACGAACUCUUUCGGCGAUUGAGCCGCGAAAGCGAAAUCCGCUAUACGGGCUAUCGGGAGCGCAGCAUCGAGGAGCGUCAGGUGCGCUUCAUGAACGGCUGCCGCGAGGGGCACACCGAGACGAGUUUCGUGGCUUCGGGCACAAAUCUGCAGCUGGUCUUCAAUGCCAAUCAGAAUCCCUAUCUGCACGACAAGGAGUGCGACUUCGACAAGGAGCACGGCAAGGUGCACAUUAAAUCGUAUUUUAUCAUGAACGGCGUUUGUGUACGCUUUCGCGGCUGGCUGGAUCUGGAGCGCUUGGAUGGCGUUGGCUGUCUGGAGUACGAUGAGCGCAGGGCCAUGCACGAGGAUGCGAUAUUGCGCGACCAGAUCGAUCGCUAUAAUCAGCGCCUGCGCGAAUUCGAGGACACCAAGCGUGCCUAUCGCGACAAUCGCCAGGACGAGAUGGAGGCAGUGCGACGUGGCGUCGCCUCCGGCGGCAUUGGCGUCGGCGCCAGCAUGUGGCGACGUUAGUUGGACUUUUGGACGGCAACGACGCCGUCCCAGCACCAGCAGCAGCAACAGCAGCAGCAUGAGACUCAAUUCGCAAAUACUCAAUACUUUAUGGAAAACUGAAGAAAUGCUCCCAAAAACCAAAUGCGGACACGGAUACGGCUACGGCUAUGGAUUCGAUUCGAUUACGUUUAGAUUCGCUCGAAUAAUGCUCCUCUAGACUUAGUUUUAGCACUUAGUAAAUUACUUAACGUAUUCUUGUAUGGUAUUAAACAUAACAUUUUAAUGUGAAUUUAUAUAGUACUUAGUUAAAUACUUACACA